AUGGCGGCGGCGGAGCUGCAGGAGCUGUGGGCGCUGGUGGAGCGGGCGGGCGGGCGGCGGGCAGUGCUGCUGGUGGCCGAGGUGGCGGAGGGGGCCCCGGCGGCGCCCGCGCUGGUCGCCUUCGCCCGCGACCUCCUGGGCGACGAGACGCCGCGCGCACCGUGCCCGGGUCCGGUGCCGGGGUGCCGGGCGCGGCGGCGGGCGGGCGGCGGGCGGCGAGCGCUGGGAGCGCGGCUGCUGCUGGUGCUGUGCGGCGGCGGGGCGGCGCGGGGCCGCGGGGCGCGGACCCGCCUGCGGGAGGUGGUGCGGGACGUGUGCGGCCGCCUGCCCGCGGGACCGCCGCCCGCCGUCGUGGGCGUCCUGCUGCCUGGAGGAGACGGCGAGGAUGCGGCGGUGCUGGACGCGGCUCUGCGGCGGCAUUUCCCAGCGCCCGGCACGGUGCAGGCGGCCCGGUACAGCCCGGGCAGCCCCGGCGAUUGCCGCGCCGCCGCCUGCCGCGCCCUGCGGGCCGCCCUGCAGCACCCCGCAGAAGACAUGAAAGACAGGGAGAGGUGGAGGCUCCCAUCCUUCUUGCAGUGCAUUUCUUGGAACCAGAGGAGCUGGAGAAAAGAUUAUAAAGCAAAAGCUGAAAACAACAUUCAUGAAGAUGACCUGCAGGACCCUGAGGAAGAAGUGGCUCUGGCCAGCCUGUCCCCCAAUGGAAACUGCGAAGAAGCUGCUGGAGGCACAGGCACCUAGAGGUGCCAGGCAUCGAGCACAGUCCAAAUUCCAGAUCUGCACAGUGGAUUUGGAGCAGUGGGAAGAGGAGCUGGUGCAGGCCCUUUCCUCCAAGGACCCACAGCUCCAGGGAAAAGCUGCUUGGCUGAACUCAUCAGGGUCUUCUGCAGCUGCCAACAGCCCCUGGGGUCUGUGCCAAAGAGCCAUUCCCUGCUGUGCCCUGCUGCCCCGGGGCACCUGGAGCUGCUGCUGGCCACUUGGCUUCUGAGAAGCCCUUUGGGGAUGUAUCCCAUAUCCCAUACCCUGACGUUGGGACUUUGAGUGUGAAAUGCAGCCACCUGUUUGAAGAAUGAGGAAUGUUUUCUCACUCUGAGCAAAGUUCCCUGCUGAGGCUGCUGGAGCUGGCCUCCCUGGCAGACUGAUUCUGCUGCCUUGUUUUCCUGCUUCAUUGGCGCUUGGAAGUUCCCACCCUCUUUGUGAUCAGGAGAAAAAAAAAAAAAAAGACAAAAAAAAGUAACACAGUGGCUUGGAGACUGCAGUGGGACUGAAUGUGAGCGCUCGGAUCUACGAGCUACUGAAAAGCUUGAGUGUAACAGUGUAACAUGAAGAAUGCAGUAACAGCCCAGCUUGGGUAGCAAGAAUAACAUAAAAGAUACUGACAGUAAUGGCAUCUAGAGCAGAGUGGGGUUUGGGAGCAGGGUCUGUCCCUUUGGCUUGUCCUGGUGCUCAAAGACUGACUGCAGGACUGCCUGGGUUGGAGGGGUGGCAGGUGGGCACUAAGGUGUGGCUGGUGCUAGAUGGGGCUACAGGAGAGGGCCAUCUUAUCUGGGACAUCUCCACAGGCGUGGUGGCACACCUUGGAGUGGCCUGCAGCACAAGAAGAUGUGCCUGUUUAAUAAAUAAAUGUAAAAGUACAAAAAUUAUCUAUUUAAAUAUUUCCAAAGGGCUGCCUGUAGCCUGUGGGGAAACACAAUUAACUACAAAUCCUUGGUUUAUGGGGAAUAUUACUCUAAUGCUAAGAAUAUCUUUUAAAUUCUUUAUGCAACAUAAAACAGGUCUUGUUUGAGCACAAGCUGCUGGGUUUUGUUUGGGGCUGGCUUUCCUUUAGGAGUUUCCUCCAGCUCAGAUCAGAAACUUCAACCUGCCUACCUCGUCUCUGGGUUAAUUGCCAAAGUACAUCCUCAGUGCAUGUCUGUCCUCUCUCUGGCUCCUUUUUUCCCACUGGCAGCUGAAGUGUCUGGAGUCCUGCCAGCUCCGGCCAGCACUCUCUCAGCAGUUUGCCUUUGGCAUCCCUCUUGCUCUUACCUGGAGCAGAGGAUGCUGCUCUGCAGAGAGGGCACUGACCCACUCUCCUUCCAGCCUCCAGGAUUUCUGUAGGAUUUCUGUGCUGAUGACCUGAAAAUACAAACAUAGCCAAGUGACUUGGUGUGGGUGGCUGUAUUCCUGAUCCCAGGUUUCAGCACCGAGCACUCAGUGCAUCUUGGCAAGAUGAAGGUUCCCUCCUGCUCCAUCCCUGCACAGCCCAGGUUGCUGGGCAGGUCUGUAUUUCCCAAUAAAGCCCUGGGUUAGGUGGGUCCAGCAGGACUUGCCAGUAGGAAUCUGUUUUCUUGCAACAUUUGGCCUUUGCUGCCAGGAAUUCACCAAUGAAGAGGUCGCCCAAGAGCACAAAUGGGCAGUUAAACCUCCCUGAGUGCUGCAAAUCCACUGGAUUUAUUUACUGGUAAUUUUUAGGUAAAUCAUGCAAGUUUACCCUUGCAAGGAAAUUUGUGAAAGUGGAUGAACUGCCUGGGUUUUAGGAGGUGUGAGCAAGAACAUAUUUCACCAAAAGUGUUGUUUUUCUUUGACUGAGGAAUAAAAGGGACUUAAAUACUCUAUUUUUCUCUUUUCUUUUUUCACUAUCUGUGCACUUGGAGGUAUAAGCAGAUAGUUUUACAUGUUUAAUUGAUUGAAUAAUCUAAGGGCAUUGUUAUGUGCUUGUUGUAAAGAAUAAAGACAUUUAAUUUCUUAA